AUGAUCUUCGUUAUACUUUUUCUUAUUUUAUGUGGUAUUUGUAAUGGUGCUCCAAAUGUUUGUCGAUUACCUCCACGUUGGAAAACUAAUUAUGAUUUCGACUAUAGUAAACAACAACAUGAAUGGGCAACACCUAAUUCUAAAACAGAUUAUUAUAUGUUAGUACUUUCAUGGUCGCCAUCAUUCUGUAAACACUUACCAUCAACUAAACGUAAUCAUACUUUUCAAUGUCAAUAUGAUGAUUUUGGUUUGGUUGUACAUGGUCUUUGGGCACAAUCAAGAAGGGCUAGAACUCUUCGACAACAUCCACGUAAUUGUCGAAAUUCAGAAGCACUACCUCUAACAACAAUCAAACGCCAUUUUUGUAUGAUGCCCGAUGAAUCACUUAUUCAAGCCGAAUGGGAAAAACACGGUACAUGUGGUUUUCGUACUGCUGAAGAAUAUUUAAAUACAAUUGAGAAACUUUUUACAGCAUUAAAAAUACCCGAUAUGCAACAACUUUUACGCGAUAAACGUAUGGAUCAAUAUAAAUUAAAAAAAGCAUUUAUAGAAAAAAAUCCAUCUUUACGUUCAAAUAACAUGAUUAUUUACAUGAAAGGCACAGAUUUAAUUGAUAUAAAAAUAUGUUAUGAUCUUAAAUUAAAAUAUACAAAUUGUCAACGAAAAUGA